AUGGAAUCACAAUCGCAGGAUGUUCAAUCCGCUCUGAUGAGAUUGCAACAGUUGAAAAGUCAAUACGGAAACAAUGUCAAUCAAUUGCCCGAAUUUGUGAAUCUGGUGAACUUCGUCAACUUCAAGAUGAAAAGCUCGAAUUUGCCCGCAAAUAAUGAGAUGAACGUUCCUGCCAAACAAGAAGAGCACAUCUUCAAUCCACUGCAGCUGAAAGUGUUCAAGAACCAGCUUUUGGCCUUCAAAUCGCUGGUGAAAAACCAGCCCAUUCCCCAAGAAGUUGGCGCGUUUUUGUUCUCAAAUGACCAGCAGACUAAUUCCGGUGUUUCUCGUGUUAAUAAUAAUGUUGUCCAACAAGGUGGCCCUCAACAGCAGAUACAGCAAUCGCUACCGGCCCAGGUGAGCAGUAUUGCAAAUGGAGCAAGUCGUUCUCCUAGUAUGAACACUGGACUUCAGCAACAGCAGCAACAGCAGCAACAACAGCAGCAACAGCCACAACAGAUUCAGCAGUCUCUUCAACAACCAUUGCAACAACAGCCCCAAGUUAUACACCCACCCGUGGCAAGACCCAAGACAUACCCAAAGGCAGUCCUAGGUUCCACCAGCGGGGUCCCAGUGACUGAUCCUUUCGUGCUUGUGAACAACUUUACAAUCCCUACACAGUAUAAUCAGCCGUUUGAGGCGAUAUCCAACCCCAUGACCAAGAGGAUAAUCCCCAGUUUAUACCCCAAACCCAUAGACAUAAAGGAGGCUAGAGAAGUGAGGGAUCUGGUCCAGCAGCUGGCUAUAGAUCAAGCUGUGGAGGAGUUGGAGUCUCUGAAAGACGUUAAUGAUGAUUAUUUGCUGGAUUUGAAGGCCUUGAAGCUGUUGCCUAUUCAAGUAUCCACGAGGGGAUAUUUAUUGAGUGUGAUAAACCACCAGAGAUCUCUGCUGACCAACUACUUCCCCAAUUUCCCGUCUAAUCUGCGAAUGAUCAACGAUAUGGAUUUGAGCAUUCUGGCAAACUUAAAGUUGGAGCAGCAAAACUUCAAAAUCAAGUUUGAAAAGGGCGAGAUUGUCAAAAGACAGAACAACUUAAUAAUGGCUUCGCAGGACUGGCUGAGCGGUAGAACCGCAAAAACAGACAGAAUAGCUAAGUUCGGUAAGCAAGUUCACCAAUUUCAUGUCUCUGUGGAGAAGGAAGAGUUGAAGAAGCUAGAGAAGAAUGCCAAAAAGAGAUUGCAGGCCUUGAAGGAGAACGAUGAAGAGGCUUAUUUCAAGCUUUUAGAUCAAACAAAGGAUACCAGAAUCACCCAUUUGUUGAAACAAACAAACGUGUUCCUGAAAACCCUUUCUCAGUCUGUGAAGGAUCAGCAGAGAGAGAUUGCCGAUAAGCCAGAAGAUGAACUGACUGAGGAAAUGGAUGAUAGUGUUGAUUAUUAUUCCGUUGCUCAUAAGGUGGUCGAAAAGAUCACCGCCCAGCCAACAAUUCUUGUGGGAGGAUCUCUUAAGGAGUAUCAACUCAAGGGCCUAGAGUGGAUGGUUUCCCUGUACAACAAUCAUUUGAACGGUAUUCUUGCCGAUGAGAUGGGUCUUGGUAAGACAAUUCAAACAAUCUCUCUGGUAACAUAUCUUAUAGAGUCAAAACACGUGGAGAGACCGUUUUUGAUCAUUGUUCCCCUCUCGACCUUGCCAAACUGGAACCUUGAAUUCGAUAAAUGGGCUCCUUCUGUCAAAAAGAUCUCGUACAAGGGUGUUCCAGUAUUUAGAAAACAGAUGGCAGGCGAUAUCAGAGCGGGCAACUUUCAAGUGUUGCUCACAACAUUCGAGUACAUCAUUAAAGACAAGAGUCUUCUCUCCAAGAUUAGAUGGUGCUACACUAUUAUAGAUGAGGGUCAUAGGAUGAAGAAUGCGCAAUCCAAACUUUCCCAGACGUUGACUGUUCAUUAUCACUCCGAUUAUCGUUUGAUUCUGACUGGUACUCCUUUGCAGAACAACCUUCCAGAACUAUGGGCAUUGCUGAACUUUGCUCUGCCUAAGAUCUUCAACUCUGUCAAGUCUUUCGAUGAAUGGUUCAACACCCCCUUUGCUAAUACCGGUUCUCAGGACAAGAUAGGACUAUCUGAAGAAGAAACGCUACUGGUGAUCAAGAGACUACACAAGGUGCUGAGACCGUUCUUGUUGAGAAGAUUGAAGAAAGAUGUUGAGAAGAAUUUGCCAAACAAGGUGGAGAAGAUCAUCAAGUGUAAGAAGAGUUCGCUGCAAAUGAAACUGUACAGCCAAAUGUUGAAAUACAACCAGCUGUUUAUCGGUGAUCUGAAACCAACCGGUGUCAAAGGUCUGAACAACAAGCUCAUGCAAUUGAGAAAGAUUUGCAACCAUCCGUUCGUGUUUGUGGAGAUUGAAGAUCUUAUAAACCCCAACCAUGAAACCAACGAUGAUAUUUGGAGAGUCAGCGGAAAGUUCGAACUUUUGGACAGAAUCUUGCCGAAGUUUAGAGCUACGGGUCAUAGAGUGCUGAUUUUCUUCCAGAUGACCCAGAUCAUGGACAUCAUGGAGGACUUCUUGCGUUACAGACAAAUGAAGUACAUGAGACUGGAUGGUGACACCAAGGCUGAUGAUCGUACAAGUUUGCUGAAGGACUUCAAUGCCCAGGAUUCCGAUAUCUUCAUCUUCUUGCUGUCCACACGUGCCGGUGGUCUGGGUCUGAAUUUGCAGACUGCUGAUACUGUCAUUAUCUUCGAUACAGAUUGGAACCCCCACCAGGAUUUGCAGGCCCAAGACCGUGCCCAUCGUAUUGGACAGAAGAACGAGGUUAGAAUUUUGAGACUGAUCACAGAAGAUUCCAUUGAGGAGUACAUCUUGGAGAGGGCUCACCAAAAGCUGGAUAUUGAUGGAAAAGUCAUCCAGGCUGGUAAGUUCGACCAGAAGUCCACUGCUGAAGAGCAGGAGGCUUUGCUGAGAUCGUUGUUAGAGAAUGAAGAAAGCAAAGUGGAAGAAGAAGAGGAUGACAUGAACGAUGAUGAGUUGAACGAAGUUCUGGCCAGAAAUGAUCAAGAGUUGAUCAGUUUCAAGGAGAUGGAUAAUGAGAGAAUCAGAAACCAGUACGCGAACAAACCAAGACUGUACACUGAUGCUGAAUUGCCCGAAAUAUACAACAUCGAGCCCGAAAUUGAAACAAACGAGGAAGAAAUCACCUAUGGUGGUAGAGGCGCACGCGAACGCAAGGUCACACACUACGAUGAAAACGUUUCUGAAGAGCAAUGGUUGCGGGAGAUUGACGGUUAUGUCUCCUCCGACAACGAAUCCAAGCCCAAACGUAAGCGUGGACGCAAACCCAAGGAACAGUCACAAUCCACGAAUGGCGAAAAACAGGCAAUGGGUGAUUUCGUCGUGGAUGAUGAGGAUGAGGGUGUCAAGAGACCUAAGGUGAGCAGAUCUCCCUCUGUCAGAGGAAGAGGCAGAGGAGGAUUCCGUGGCCGUGGAAGAGGCAGAGGACGCGCGGGUCGUCCAUCUCCUUUAACCCGUUUGCAUUUGGUCGAGACCGACAUCUCGGAAGAGGACAGAUUGCGUUUGCAGACAAUCACUCAACAGAUAUACGACUAUUUGGUCAACUACAGCAAUGCCGAGGGACGUGUUUUGAGUCCAAUUUUCAUGGUCAAACCCAAUAAGAGACUCUAUCCUGAUUACUAUGUGCUCAUCCAGUUUCCUAUUGCAUUUGACAUGAUUCAAAAACGGAUCAGCUCAUAUGAGUACACCAGCAUUGCUCAGUUCAUGGAAGAUGUUCAUCUUAUGUUUGUGAAUGCCCGGACUUAUAACCAAGAAGGGUCGACGGUUUACAUGGACGCCAUAGAAAUGGAGGAGAUUUCCAUCGCAAAGCAUAGGGAACUCACUAGCGAAGACGUUGAUUUCAGCGAGUUUGACAAGCUCUACGAUCUGAAAGCGUUGAUUCCAUCUUCUUCGUCAAAGCACUCUAAUGUGGAUUCCCAAGCUGAAUCUCAAGCUGAUGCAGUCAAAGCCAAUGAGUCCGAGUCUCCUGAGCCCAACGGGCAAUUUAGACGAGCUGAGUCUUCCAAUGAACCGGAUAAUCAAUUCGAAGUUACCGACUAUCAAUCAGAUCAACAGGAGAGCUCGGAAGUGCCAGAUGAGUCCCAAGUAAUCGCAGUUGACGAGCAAAUAUCUGUGCAGGAGGAAUCUGCCUCUAUUUCUAAGGAACCAACACCUAUAGACGCGUUUGGUGAUACUGCUUGA